GGUGGCGAGGGAAGGCCCCGGCGGGCCGGGCCCCACGCCAGCCUCUUCCCUGGGAGAUGUCGCGUCUUCCGGCCCAGGGGCUUGUGGCGGCGGUGAGGGGCCUGCGCGGCUUCUCAGUUUGCAAGUCAUGUGGUCUCCGAAGAUUUUCCAUCCAGCCCGCCCAGCAGAAGAAGAUUCCAAACCGGUAUUUGGGCCAGCCCAGCCCCUUCACACACCCACACCUUCUCAAACCAGGAGAGGUAACCCCGGGACUGUCACAAGUGGAAUAUGCUCUUCGCCGACACAAACUGAUGGCGUUGAUCCAGAAGGAAGCCCAUGGCUGGGAUGGAUUGGACCACACAGUGAUUCUGCUGUCCAACCCCACAUAUUAUAUGAGCAAUGACAUCCCCUACGUUUUCCACCAGGACACUAACUUCCUGUAUCUCUGUGGGUUCCAGGAACCUGACAGCAUCCUGGUGCUGCAGAGCAUUCCUGGCAAAGCACUGCCCUCCCACAAAUCCAUACUUUUUGUUCCCCGGAGAGAUCCAAGCCGAGAGUUGUGGGACGGGCCCAGAUCGGGCACGGAUGGGGCAAUUGCUCUCACAGGAGUAGAUGAAGCUUACACCAUCGAGGAGUUCAGGCACUUGGUGGCUAAGCUGAAAGGUGAGUCAAAUAUUGUUUGGUAUGACUUGAAAAAGCCAGUGCACACAGAGCUGCACUCUGACUACAUGCAGCCCCUGGCUGAGAUAAAAGCUCGGAACAAAAACCACAUCCAGGGCAUCCGACAUCUAGUGCAGAACCUUCGGCUGAUCAAAUCUCCUGCAGAGAUUGAAAGGAUGAAGAUAGCUGGACGAGUGACAGCAGAGGCUUUCGUAGAGACAAUGUUUGCCAGCAAAUCCCCAGUGGAUGAAGCCUUUCUGUAUGCAAAGUUUGAAUUCGAGUGCCGGGCUCGUGGUGCUGACAUCUUGGCCUACCCCCCUGUUGUUGCUGGUGGCAACAGAUCCAAUACUUUGCACUAUGUGAAGAACAAUCAGCUCAUCAAGGAUGGUGAACUGGUCUUGCUAGAUGGUGGAUGUGAGUCUGCCUGCUACGUAAGUGACAUCACGCGUACCUGGCCUGUCAAUGGAAGGUUCACCAAACCCCAAGCAGAAGUAUACCAGGCUGUCCUGGAUAUUCAGAAGUCCUGCUUGAGCCUCUGCUCCCCAGGCAUGAGUCUAGAAAAUAUUUACAGCCUCAUGCUGAGCCUUAUUGGACAGAAACUGAAAGAGUUGGGGAUACUAAAGAGCAGCAUCACUGACAGCCACUUCUUCAAGGCUGUUCGAAAGUACUGCCCACAUCAUGUGGGCCAUUACUUGGGCAUGGAUGUUCAUGAUACCCCAGAUAUUUCCCGAUCGCUCCCACUCCAGCCAGGCAUGGUGAUAACCAUUGAACCAGGCAUUUAUAUCCCUGAGGAUGAUGUGAGUGCCCCGGAGAGGUUUCGUGGCAUUGGUGUGCGCAUUGAGGAUGACGUUGUGAUAACAGAGGAUGCGCCUCUCAUCUUGUCUGCUGACUGUCCCAAGGAGGUCUACCACAUCGAGCAGAUCUGUGGCCGCAACUCAUGAUGCCUCUUCUCUGCCUUUUGCAUCCUCCUGGGGAGACGCAGCCCUCCAGGGAUGCAGGUCCCUGUAGCCAGCUGUAGGUGUAAAGUGGUGGAGGGCAUGGAGAGCUAAUGAUUGUUUCCAAGACUGGGGCUGGGAAGUGGAAUGCAAAAGGCUUGGGUGCUGAGGGAUGAAAAAGCAAAGCAACUUCUUCUGUGUGCAUUUUGCUUCUGAUUCGAUUAGUGCUGAUGUUGAGCUGUUGUAGGACAUGGGGGUGGAUUCAUCCAUCUGCUUUGUGAGUCCAUCUGUUCUAGUGCCCUCGGAGGGAUGAAUUUUGUCAGUGCCACCAGCAGAACUUCUGCCUGGUCCCUCUCCAGAUGCAUAGGUGCAACUACUGAGACCAGGGCCCCGUUUUUUUCCGCUUUAGCAGUAGUUUCACAACCGUCAGAUUUUAAAAUGAAGCUUUGAUAAAUGCUGUUUUGGAGGAAUAAAGUGUGUCAGACAGCUUUGAUUUUUACAGAUCCCUGGAGGAAGGGGGUUUGGUAGUCAGGAAAAUGGGUUUGGCUAGGAGAUAGUUUUUUUUUCUGAAGCCUGUGGAGAAUGCUUUAAGGAUAAGGAUGUAGUUGGUCUUUAGGCAUAUGUAAAAUGGGCCAACCACAGGGAAAAACAUCUCAUCUGAUUUUUCAGCUUAUUGGAGUGUUUGGUAAGAAAGGACAGACAGAGCUCAGAAGGUUGGACAUACUCGUUUUUGUUGUAUUCCACAUUUCCUUCUUGUUGUCCUAAAUGUCCAUUCCAGUCUCCUGUUCUGAGCCCACCUCUAUGCUGGGAAGCAGGGCCAUGUUGGCUGUGCUGGACUCCACUGGCGAGCUGCUGGUUGUCACCCACAUGUGAGGUGUCCAAUUCUGGGACAGUCACAGCACUUUUCUGAUUUAUGCCAACAGCUUCAACAGCACAUUUUUGAAGAGUCUACCCUAUGAUGAGUUUCAAGUCCUUAUACAGCUUUUGUAUGGAAUUUAAAGUCAUUCUCCUUUUCAAGACACUGGGGGCAUGAUCACAGCUGCUUUUUGGGUUUUGCCAAGUGCAGUCAGUAACUAAUGCUCUGUGAUAAUAUUUUUGAGGCAGCUGUAAAUGUGAUUAGGGGCUACAAUGGAUGAGGAGUAAAGAGAAGAGUUGGCUUCCCUCAACAUCAGCCUACUACCUAGGCCAUUGUAUGCAGCAGGAAAUACACCUACGAGAGGCAAACAUGGCAUAUGUGUAUUUACUGAAAAUAUUUUGACAAGCAGACAGUUAACAUGGCUGAAAAAUGCGUCUUAUUGGUGCAUCUCCUGUUAUUUGUGUUUGCUGUUGUAUCACAUCAUCUUACUUCCUUUCUGAUGGUAGCUUUCAGUAUUUUUUGUCUGUUAUUCUCAAUUUUUCUUUUCUUUUUCUUAUCUCUUGCUACAUUAUAUAUCUUUGACCCACUAUAAUGUCUAUAUACUACUUCCUAAUCUAUUUUGCUUUCUAAUCAAUGUCACUGCCUCUCCCCCAGUUUGCCCUAAUUCCCCACAAUGCAUGUAGUUGGAAUUAUGUGGGGGAGAUAGUCAGAGGGGUUCCUGAAUUCAACCUCUGGCUCUGUUGCUGUGUAACCUCUAGCAAAAUCUCCUUUUUUUUUUUUCUUCUUUUUUUUUCUUUUCUGUGUUUCCUUUCACUUAGCAAAGGCCAAAUGGACAGUGUCUUGUAUCUCUCACUGCUUUUAAUGGGAGCUGGGUGCAUGUACUGGAGUUCGAAUUUGGUAGUUGAAAGACAGCCAAGACAUACUGUAGUUUUAUUUUUUAAACAUGAUGAAAAGUAGAUGUUUUUACGGGGUGUAGUGUAUUAACUUUCACCUAGUUAAGAGAAUGUGCUAAUCUUUGACGGAAGCACUUGUUAGAUGCUCAUGUGUUACAGUGAUACAUACAGUGUGAAUUGUUAGAAGGAAGGCUUAUUAAGUGUGGACACAGAACUGAUGAAUACCUUUGAUGUUGUUCUGAUCUGUAACGCGUUUGUUGUUCCAAUUACACCUGUUAGAGCUAUGUCAACUGGGGCAAAUCUUGGAUUUUGGAACUAUAUAAACAGCUUAAAAUACCAUUAACUUGAAAGCUACAUGUGUGUGCUGAUCUGCACAUUUGCCCGUGUACCUAACAGAGUUAAUAAUUGUAAUUACUGUAAAUAAGCCUUUGAAAUACAUAUUAAAAAGUUAUUUUUAAAAUAAAA